CACCAGAGGAGUCACACAGGUGAGCGGCCCUAUUCCUGUUCAGAGUGCGGGAAAUGUUUCACUCAUAUAGGAAACCUCCUCACACACCAGAAAACUCACACGGGUGAACGUCCUUAUUCAUGCCUAGAGUGUGGGAAAUGUUUCAGUCAGAAAGCAAGCCUUGUAAGACACCAUAGAGGUCACACGGGUGAGCGCCCCUAUUUGUGCUCAGAUUGCGGAAAGUGUUUCACCGAGAAAAAAGUACUUCUUAUACACCAAAGAAUUCAUACAGGGGAGCGUCCAUAUUCAUGUUCAGAGUGCGGGAAGUGUUUCACUGAGAAAAAAGUACUUAUUAUACACCAAAGAAUUCAUACAGGGGAGCGUCCAUAUUCAUGUUCAGAGUGUGGGAAAUCAUUCGCCGAGCCCAGCACACUUUACAGACACCAGAGAAUUCACACAGGCGAGCGUCCUCAUUCAUGUUCGGAGUGCGGGAAAAGAUUCUUCGAAAAAGGAAAACUUCUUACGCACCAAAGAAUUCACACAGGUGAACGCCCCUAUUUAUGUUCAGAGUGUGGGAAGUGUUUCACUGAGAAACAGUUGCUUCAAAAACACCAAAGAAUUCACACGGGUGAGCGUCCUUAUUCAUGUUCAGAGUGUGGAAAAUGUUUCGCUGUGAAAAAAUCACUUCUGACACACCAGAGAAUUCAUACUGGUGUGCGUCCUUAUUCCUGUUUAGUAUGCGGGAAAUGUUUCAACGUGAAAGACGGGCUUGUUAGACAUCAGAGGAUUCACACAGGUGAGCGCCCCUAUCCAUGUUCAGAGUGCGGGAAGUGUUUCGUUGAAAAGGGAAGCCUUCUUAGACAUCAGGGAAGUCACACAGGUGAGCGCCCUUAUUCAUGUUCGGAGUGCGGGAAAUGUUUCAGUGAGAAAGCAAGCCUUAUUAAACACCAGAGAAUUCACACUGGCGAGCGGCCUUUUAGGUGUUCAGAGUGUGACCAGAGAGUUCACACGGGUGAGCGCCCUUUUUCGUGUUCAGAGUGCGGGAAAUGUUUCACUCAGAAAACAAGCCUUCUUAAUCACCUGAGGAUCCACACGGGCGAGCGUCCUUAUUUAUGUUCAGAGUGCGGGAAAUGUUUUGUUCGGCUAAAACAACUUCAGAAGCAUCAGAAACUUCACACAGGGGAGAGUCCCUAUUCCUGCUCAGAGUGCGGGAAACGUUUCAGUCAGAAAGAAGGGCUUCUUAUACACCAGAAAAUUCACACAGGGGACAGGCCUUAUCCGUGCUCGGAGUGCGAGAAAAGUUUCAUUCAGAAGGGAGACCUUAUUACCCACCAGAGAAUCCACACGGGCGUGCGUCCUUUUUCGUGUUCAGAGUGCGGGAAAACUUUCACCAUGAAGCAACACUUACUUACACAUGAGAUAAUUCACACGGGGGAGCAUCCUUAUUCAUGCCCAGAGUGCGGGAAACGUUUCAAUCAGAAAUCAAACCUUUAUAGACACCAGAGGAUUCACACGGGCGAGCGUCCCUUUUCGUGUUCGGAGUGCGGGAAACGUUUCAGUCGGAUAGAAGAACUUCAGAAACAUCAGAAAGUUCACACGGGUGAGCGUCCCUAUCAGUGUUCAGAGUGUGGGAAAUGUUUCAGUCAGAGAGAAGGCCUUCUUGUGCACCAGAGAAUUCACACAGGUGACAAGCCUUACUCGUGUUCAGAGUGCGGGAAACGUUUUAUUCUCAAACAAAUCUUACUUACCCACCAGAGAAUUCACACGGGCGAGCGUCCUUAUUCCUGUUCAGAGUGUGGGAAAUGUUUUACUGAGAAAGGAAACCUCCUUACACACCAGAAAAUUCACACGGGUGAGCGUCCUUAUUCAUGCCCAGAGUGCGGGAAAUGUUUUAUUCAGAAAGGAGACCUUCUUACACACCAGAGAAUUCACACGGGUGAGCGUCCUUAUUCAUGCCCAGAGUGCGGGAAAUGCUUUAUUCGAAAAGGAAAACUUCUUGUUCACCAAAGAACUCACACAGGCGAGCGUCCCUAUUCAUGUCCAGAGUGCGGGAAAUGCUUUAUUCAAAAAAGUAAACUUGAUACACAUCAGAAAACUCACACAGGCGAGCGUCCCUUUUCCUGCCUGGAGUGCGGGAAAUGUUUCAGUCAGAAAGUAAACCUUCUUACACACCAGAGAUGUCACACUGGCGAGCGUCCCUUUUCAUGUGCAGAGUGCGGGAAAGGUUUCACUGACAAAAAAGUACUUCAAGUACACCAAAGAAUUCACACCGGGGAACGUCCUUAUCCGUGUGCGGAGUGUGGGGAAUGUUUUAUUCGGGUAGAAAAACUUCAUAAACAUCAGAGAAUUCACAUAGUCGAGAAUCCCUAUUCGUGUUCUGAGUGCGGGAAAUGUUUCGCCAAGAAAGGAGACCUUCGUGCGCACCAGAAAACUCAUACUGCCGGGUGUCCUUAUUCAUGUUCAGAGUGCGGGAAGUGUUUCACUACGAAAGGAAGCCUUCUCACACACUCCAAAAUUCACACUGGUGAGCGACCCUAUUCAUGUUCAGAGUGCGGGAAAUGUUUCACUGCAAAAGGUAGCCUUCUUACACACCAGAGAAUUCACACGGGCGAGCGCCCUUUUUUAUGCCCAAAGUGCGGAAAAUGUUUUAGUCAGAGGUCCAGCCUUCUUAGACACCAGAGAACACACACACACGAGCGUCCCUAUUCAUGUUCAGAGUGUGGGAAAGCUUUCACUAAGAAGGCGCACCUUCUUACACACCAGAGAACUCACACGGGUGAGCGUCCUUUCUCCUGCUCGGAGUGCGGGAAAUGUUUCAGUCAGAAAGCAAGCCUUCUGGGUCAUUUGAGAAUUCACACAGGCGAGCGACCUUUUUUAUGCCCAGAGUGCAGGAAAUGUUUUGCCCGGAUAGAAGAACUUCACAAACAUGAGAAGGUUCACACGGGUGAGCGCCCCUAUAGGUGUUCAGAGUGUGGGAAAUGUUUCAGUCAGAAAGAAGGACUUACCAUUCAUCAGAAAAUUCACACGGGGGACAGGCCUUAUUCAUGCUCAGAGUGUGGGAAAUGUUUCAUUCUCAAACAACACUUACUUAUUCACCAGAGAAUUCACACGGGUGAACGUCCUUAUUCAUGUUCAGAGUGUGGGAAAUGCUUCACGCAGAAAGGAGACCUUCGUAUACACCAGAGAAUUCACACAGGUGAAAGGCCUUAUUCAUGCUCAGAGUGUGGGAAAUGUUUUACAGAUAAGAAGGUUCUUCUUGCACACCAGAAGUAUCACACAGGAGAGCGUCCUUUCUCGUGCUCGGAGUGUGGAAAGUCAUACAUUGUUAAAAGUGAACUUAUUAGACACCAGAGAACUCACACGGGUGAGCGUCCUUUCUCAUGUUCAGAGUGCGGGAAAUCUUUUACUCAGAAGGGAACCCUUCAUAAACACCAGAUAAUUCACACGCGCGCGAGCGCCCUUUCACAUGUUCAGAGUGCGGGAAAUCUUUCAUUGAGAAAGGAAAAACUUAUUAUACACCAGAGAAGUCACACAGGUGAGCUUCCGUUUUCCUGUUCAGAGUGCGGGAAGGGUUUUAUUGCAAAUGCAAAACUUCUUAGACACCAGAGAAACUCACAAUGCUAA